AUGGAAGCACAAAGCUCUCAGCAAACGCAGGUUAUUGAGAUCAGUGGAGAUUUUUCUGAUGGCGGAAGAAAGAUUUGUGGGGAAGCACCAUGUGGGUUUGCAGAUGCUGGAUCCAUCUCCAAGGAUUCUGCAGAAAGAUCAACUUCUAUGCGAAAGCUCCUUAUGGCAGUGGUCCUGUGUGUUAUUUUUAUGACUGUUGAAGUGGUUGGUGGCAUCAAAGCUAACAGUCUUGCUAUACUGACUGAUGCAGCACAUUUGCUUUCUGAUGUUGCAGCCUUUGCCAUCUCCUUAUUUUCUUUAUGGGCUGCUGGAUGGGAAGCUACACCUCGCCAAUCAUAUGGAUUUUUCCGAAUAGAGAUUCUUGGUGCCUUGGUUUCUAUCCAAUUAAUAUGGUUGCUUGCUGGUAUUCUGGUAUAUGAAGCCAUUGAUAGAAUCGUUGCUGGUCCUAAAAGCGUGAAUGGUUUCUUAAUGUUUUUAGUUUCGGCAUUUGGUCUCGUAGUUAAUAUCAUCAUGGCUCUGUUAUUGGGUCAUGAUCACAGUCAUGGACAUGAUGGUCAUGGUCACGGGCAUGGACAUGAUGGUCAUGGUCAUGGGCACAGUCAUGGAUUUACAGUGUCUACCCAUCAUGAUGCAAAACAUACAAAAGAUGAGCACCAUCACACACAUGAUGAUCACACAGACCAUCAUGAUGAAAAACAUUCAAAAUAUCCUAUCCAUCAUACUCAUGAAGAUCACUUGCACCAUCAUGAUCACAAUGAGGUUACUGAAUCUCUUCUUGAAAAAUCGAAAGGUGGAACUAAGAGGAAGAAGCAGUGGAACAUAAAUGUACAGGGGGCUUAUCUCCAUGUUCUUGGGGACUCUAUUCAGAGUAUUGGAGUAAUGAUUGGGGGAGCAGUCAUAUGGUAUAAACCUGAGUGGCAAAUAGUUGAUUUAAUUUGCACUCUAAUAUUUUCAGUAAUUGUUUUGGGGACAACCAUCAAUAUGCUGCGAAACAUCUUGGAAGUCCUGAUGGAGAGCACACCUCGUGAGAUAGAUGCUACUAAGCUUGAAAGGGGGCUGUUGGAUAUGGAAGAUGUAGUGGCUGUUCAUGAAUUGCAUAUAUGGGCCAUUACGGUGGGAAAGGUUUUACUAGCUUGCCAUGUUAAAAUCAGACGUGAAGCAGAUGCAGACAUGGUGCUGGACAAGGUUAUAGACUAUAUCAAAAGGGUCUAUAACAUCAGUCAUGUAACCAUACAGAUAGAGCGCUAG